AUGAAUUAAAUUUGUGACAAAGGUGCAUCAGACUUAGGUUCUGCUUUAACAAAUUGCAUUAAUCUCUCAAAUUUGACACUUCACCUUAGUAUGAAUUAAAUUUGUGACAAAGGUGCAUCAAGCUUAGGUUCUGCUUUAGCAAAUUGCAUUAAUCUCUCAAAAUUUAACACUUGA